AUGAUUGCUGCCCACGUCGAAACCCACCGCCAUGGCCGCGGUCCAGCCAUCUGUCCCACCGACGAUGAUGCCAUCGUGCCCCGCAAAGCCGCCGCCCAAGCCGGUGCCCAAAAACUCGACAAAAGGAGUUGGGAAUACAUGAUCAAGAGCGGCGUCGCGGGAGGCGUGGCCGGCUGCGCGGCGAAAACCGUCGUUGGACCCCUGGAUCGCGUGAAGAUCCUCUUCCAAGCCUCGAACCCCCAGUUUUCGAAAUACACCGGCUCCUGGACUGGCGUAGCCAUUGCACUCAGAGACAUAUACCACCAGAACGGCGUGCGAGGCUUGUUCAAAGGCCAUUCUGCCACAUUACUACGAAUCUUCCCUUACGCCGGUAUCAAGUUCCUCGCGUACGAGCAAAUAAGAAAUAAAGUCAUAAAGAACAGAGAGCAGGAAACGCCAUUUCGAAGAUUCAUCAGCGGAUCCAUGGCAGGAACCGUCUCGGUAUUCUUCACUUACCCCUUAGAAGUCAUCCGCGUCCGCCUCGCGUUCGAAACGCGCCAGGACACCCGAUCAUCAUUGUCAGGGAUCUGCAAGAAAAUCUACCACGAGACAGCGCCUGCAGUACAUUCUGCCGGCAACCUAGCGGGAAGCUCGACCGUUUCUCGUGCCGUCGGAACGCCCGUGGCAGUCGCCGCGAACACGGUACAACACGUCACGCCGCGAACCGGCCUGGCCAACUUCUUCCGCGGCUUCACACCUACUAUGUGGGGCAUGCUGCCGUAUGCGGGCUCCUCGUUCUUGACGCACGACACCAUCUCCGACCUGCUGCGCCAUCCCAGUAUCGCCGCACACACGACGCUUCCGCGCACCGAGCGCGCCGACGACACCCGCGGCGGACAUAAGCCGGCGCAGCUGAAGUCGUGGGCGGAGCUGACGAGCGGCGGCUUGGCCGGCUUCUUCAGUCAGACGGUGUCAUACCCGCUCGAGGUCAUCCGCCGGCGAAUGCAGGUCGGCGGCGUGGUGGGCGACGGCCACAGGCUCAGCAUGACGGAGGUUACGCACAAGAUCUGGCUGGAGAGGGGCUGGAGGGGCUUCUUUGUCGGUUUGGCGAUUGGAUACGUCAAGGUCGUGCCGAUGGCCGCGACAAGUUUCUUUGUGUAUGAGCGCGGCAAGUACUACCUGAAUAUUUGA